AUGACGGUUGACGUCGACGUCACGACGGCGCGCGCGACGCGCGACGCGUGCGACCCGCGACGGCGGCGGUGGGGCGCGGCGCCGGCGAUCGGGCGCGCCGUCGUGACGACGCCGGCCGACGGCGCGCACGACGACGAUCGACGGGCGUUUCGGAACGGGGCGAGCGCGGUGGAGGAUCCGGGGGAGUGCGAGCGCGCGGCGUCGACGCUCUGGGGAUCGUCGUCGUGGUUCUCGGGAGACGUGGACGCGAGCGCGCGCGAGGCGAACGCGGCGAGCGUGGGAUACGGCGAGAGGGAGGCGGACGGCGGGGCGGGGGGCGCGCCGGGAGGGGCGACGUGUCAGAAUAGAUUUAUCGAGGGACGAGGCGCGCGGGAUCCGUUCGCGCCGGCGAGCGGCGCGGGGACGAGGUUGGACGAAUCGCGGGGGGGGAGGGAAAGCGACGGCGACGGGUGGAAAAUCACGCGAUGGGACACGACGAUGGUGCCCGCGGGCGAGGGACGCGGCGUGGACGCGGUGGGGAGGAAGCCGGGGUAUCGCGCGUUCGCGGGCGGCGAGGCGAGACGGUUGGCCGAGCGCCCGACGGGGGCGACGUUUGAGUUCGACAGCGCGCGUCAGUGUUGGUUGUUGAUUCGAGAUGGGGAGUCGAGGGAGCUGGAGCGGCCGUCCCGCGCGAUGGACUCGCCGUCGGCGGUGUCUUCGGGCGACGACGAGUGCUCGACGGACGCCAUGGACGCGACGACGGUGGACGUCGACGCGUUCGCGGAGGGCGGCGAUAACGAAGCCUUCGACGUCGACGACGACGACGAAGGUCGCGAGAUGCGCGAAAAGACUCGAGAGGAGCGCAUCAGGCGGUAUCAACCCUCGUACGACGAGUGCGCCGCGCGUUUCGUCGACCGCGAGCGCGAACGCCGAGAUCGAUUCGAGGCGUCGCGCAGGACGCUCGCCGAACGGAGAGCUGCGCCGCGAACGACGCCGACGAAGCGUCGUUCGGAAGAUGUCGGAGUUGACGCGUCGCAGCAAUCGACGUGGAUUCCGCUGACGUGCGACUGCGGCGUCAAGGUGUGGAUCGAAGCGUCGCCGACGAUCGAUCCGAGCGCGCAACUCGCGUCCUGGGUCAACGGCGACGUUCCGUGGCCCGUCGUCCGCACGCUCGACCUCGGGCGCGACCGCGCGUCUCGAGGAAUUCCGCGAAACGCGCCCGGGCCGGUGUGCGUGGACGCCGCCGCGCUCGCGGCGGUCGAAGCCGAGCUGCGCCGCCGUCACGACGAAAACGUCGAGCACGCCGCGCGAUCGAAACGACCGAACGCUCGAGCCGUCGAUCCAACCGAUCCCGACGCCGUCAAGCACGCCAGCAUCAUCGACACCCUCGUUCGGGAGACCACCAAGUCCUCACCGAACGACGUCGACGCUUCUUUAUCCAUCCACGAGCAGCGCGCUUUGCGCUCGAAGCUCGAAUCGACGAUUCGCGAAAAGCACGCCGCGUUGGCCGAGUGCGAGCGCCUUCGCGAGUUACUCCGCAGCGCCGGCGUCGAGCCCUGA